AUGAGCAACGACAAUGGGGUCAAUACCAAAGAGAUUGACCCAGCCUUGGAUUUUUUUGCCGGAACUGUAGCUGGCAUCGCCGCACUCGCUGUUGGCUUUCCUUUUGAUACCGUAAAAGUGCGCUUCCAGAGUGCUGCGUCGAUGAAACAGUACAAAUCAACCUUCCACGCGUUCUUCACCAUCCUACAGCGAGAGCGCCUCACUGGUCUUUACCGAGGUAUUGCGUCUCCUUUGGUGCGUCACACCGGUGCCACCUCGUGUUGA